GCUGAACUGUACUUCCUUAUUGAGGCAGUUUACUCUACAGUGGAAUAUUCUUGGUUUCAUAACCUUGCACUGUUGAUGCUGGCAGAUGUGAAACAUUAAUCCUUAUAGGACAAAUUAAGCAUCACUGCAACAGUAGCAAUAAACUAAACUGAAAACAAUCUGCUGAACAAGAUGGAAAUUCUGAAACUCACUUGAGCCACAGAAUGGACCCGAGUUGUCCAGUCCAGCGGACUGAUUCAGAUGUACUGCCGCAAAGGUCAAGGUUUUCUGUUAAUUGGAUGACACCUUGCUCGAAAUCUGUGUCAAGCACCAGGCAAUCUGCCAAUAUAGGGCCAGAUGUUAAGGAGAAAUACCAAAGGGAAGCUGCCUACCUCUUCAAGUUGGAACAGUCCUUCAAGAAUUUGUUGACUGACAUUAAAGCUCAGAUUCUGCAGCCUCUUGUCAAGGCUGAAGCUUCUGAUCUAAAGUCCCGGUCACAGCUGAAAGAAUCUCUCUUUGUCUUGGAGGAAAGCUUGGAGGCGCUGUGCAAUCAGACAGAAGAACACUGUUUGCACCUUAGUGAAAGAUUCAACACUUCAACCCACAAGGAGCUUUACCUGCUCAAAAAUGCACAGCAGCUUAAGGAGAUAUACGUUAUGUACUUCAUGGCUUUCACAAACUAUGUUGUCCUUUGUGGCUUUGAGCACAUUGCAAAACAAACCAGUGACUAUUGGAAAAAGAACAAGAAAACUCUGAAGGGUUUUCACUUGGAUUCAACCUCUCUUCCCAUGAGCCUGCAACGAAUCUUUCAUGAGCCCAUACGCCUACAGGUCCAGAAGUAUAUCGACGUCCUCAGGAAACUCAGCUGUGGCUUGAUAAAGAACCCUGAGUCAAAACCUACCACGGAUGCUCUUGUGACUUUCAUAGAUCUUGACAAGUGGAUUCAACAGACACUGGAUGUGGCAUCUUCAACCAAAGCUCUCUGGAGCUCUCUUGGAAGCAAAUUAACAGACCUCUUGUUUCUUCCAGAGCGCCGGUUAUGGGAAGACAGCAACAACAUCCCAGCAUCCAGCGGCGAUGCCAGGCUCUUGCUUUUUGAUGACAGCCUGGUGAUCAUUCAGGGUUCAGAAGCCAGCAGCUACAAGCUCAACAUAGUCUGGAUGGAAAGACUUAUUGACACCAGCUCUGAAAGGAAUCAGUUGAAGAUCAUUGUUCCAGAGGAAGAAUUUAUAUUCAACAUGCAGGAUCCCAAGAGUAUGAUGGUUUGGUUUUGGAAGCUGAAUCAAGCCAUUCGACAGUUCUUGGAUGGGAAGCUGGAUUUCCCUUUGUGGGGUGAGGGCAGCACUGAGAAUUCAUACAACGUGCCUGCUUGCCGUUUUGCUGCCUAUACUUUUGUCAACAAUCCUCGAUUUAAGGCUGCCAUCUAUGAGGGAGACUGGUACAAGGGGAAACCCCAGGGCAGUGGAAUCAUGAAAUGGCCAGAUGGGCGAAACUAUGCUGGACAAUAUGAAGGAGGUCAGGAACAUGGGUUUGGUGUAUACAUCACUCCUGGAGGGCCGGAGAGUUUUGACUGUUACAAGUGUCACUGGAAAAUGGGAAAGAUGCAUGGUUACGGCAUCUGUGAGUAUGGAAAUGGUAUGAUUUAUAAAGGUUACUUCCAAGACAACCAAAGACAUGGAUUUGGAAUUCUACACAACUCUGGAUUGAAAAAGCUUGCCUUUAAGUAUGUGGGGCACUGGGAGAAUGAUAAAAAAACAGGAUAUGGAGUGCUUGAUGACCCUGACAGAGGAGAGAGGUACAUUGGCUCAUGGCUAGAAGACUGUAAACAUGGAAAUGGCAUUGUUAUCACACAAUCAGGACUCUGCUACGAGGGCAACUUCCAAAACAACAAGAUCACUGGUCCUGGAACAAUUUUGUCAGAGGAUGAUUCUGCCUAUGAAGGAGAGUUUACAGAAGACCUAGUUCUAACUGGAAAGGGAAAACUCACCUUUAGCAGUGGAUACAGCAUUGAGGGAUUGUUCAGUAACAAGUGGGGAAGUGGGUUGAAGACCAGUGGAAUAUUCUCCAAACCUCCCAACGAGUUAGACCCUUUGAUCACCAGCAAACUCCAACUGGGUAGUCACAUCACACCAGCUAAAGAUCGAUGGCAGGGGAUCUAUGAUCAGAUUCAGGAAUUCCUCAAAUCGGGCUCUGAUGAGAGUUCAAUGGAGUCCUUCCUUGGAUUUUAUUCAGAGAAUGGCAAGGAACACCGGAAAAAUCUGAAGAACAGGGUGACAACUACUAAAAGUCCUGAAGAAUUUCUGUCUUGUGAUGGCCCAAAUGAUGCCACUUCUGAGAAGAUCACACAAAAUCAGGGUAACUUGGCUGAGGGAAAACAGCUGAAGCAGUACUUGAAGAAGGCUUUUGAGUCUACCCAUCAUCCUCUAGGAAAACUACUCCAGACACUAAUUCUGGUUUUCCAGGACACAUUUUCUGGUAUUUGUAUGUAUAAACGGUUACUCUCAAUGGCACAGCAGGAAUUGGUGUCCCAUGCCAAUAAGCUUUUUGAACUGGCCAGGUAUUUCUUGCCCAAGUCACUGGAGAAAGAAUAUUAUUCCACUGAAGGUACCAUCAGUGAAGACUUAAAUGCUUACACGGUGAUUCUUCCCCUAAUCUUGCCACGGUUCUAUCCUGAUCUCUUCAUGCUCUAUAUGCUGUAUCACGAGGCUGAGGAUUCAAGAUAUUGGAAGGGAAUAUUACAUCUGGAGUGUCUCUCUGACACUAAGCUCCUGGAGUUCCUAGAGGUACAAAAGAACUUGUGGCCUCUUCAAGAUCUGCAUCUGACAAGCAACCAGAGAGUUUCCAUUGUAAAAGAUGUGUGCUUCACUUCUGCCAUCCUGUGUUUCCAAAAGAUAAGUACUACAGCAGACCCUCAGGAGAAGUUGGACACUAUCAUGAAAACCUAUCGAGAGAUUGAGAGAACAGUAACCCGAGUGCUGAACAGAGAGUACAAUCUUCCCAUGGACGACUUGCUGCCGCUGCUGGUUUAUGUGGUGUCCAGAGCAAAAAUCCAGCAUCUGGGUGCAGAACUCCACUUAAUUCGAGACAUGAUGGAUCCUUCCACUGUGGGUGGGAUGAAUGACUUCCUGCUUACUGCUCUAGAUUCUUGCUACCAACAUAUUCAGAAAGAGGAAAUCCGAUUCAGUAAUCUGCCUAAAUGAUGGCCAAUUACGAGAAAGAACGAAGGCAAAGCACUACAGGAAUGUUGAUCCUGGAGAACAUGGAAUAUUGUUGAAGAGUGGAGCUGCAGUAGACCAGGUCCUCUUCCAGCACAUCAUUUGACAUUUAAAUAGUAUCAGGCAGAAUUUCAUCCAAUCCUGGAAGAUCCCUCAAACUUCACUUCAAAAUGGAUUCAACUUAAUAGCAGGCUAUUAAGGCUUCACCUUAAAACACUUUCAGCAACUGUAAUUAAAGGUUAGGGUAGGACUCUCUCCUCAAAUGCCACCAUAACAUAAAAACAAGACAGCAAAUGAUUUUACCAUUAAAGUCAUUUAUUUUAUCUUUGGAGGAAUGCGACUCCAUGCAUCUUCAGAAUUCAAGCACACACUCCAAAGUUACUCUCAAGGAACAGGAGUGUUAUUUCAGCUAUGUCACAGAAUCAAUCAAUCUGCCAAGUAGCUUCUAUUCCUGCAAAGAAUUUUCAGCCUCAGUUUCCAAUCUGACCUAAUAAAUAAAGCAGUGCAGCAAUUUAUAUUCCUGGAGUUGUAAUGAAUGGCCUGGACAAAUAGUAAGUGACUGUCAUUUUCCAAUUUUUUCAGACUUACAACUAUCUAGGCUACCUAUCCAGAGUUCCUCUUUAUUCAUGGGAAUCCUUAAUAAUUGUUCAAAGUUAAUGAUAUUGGGCAGACUAACUUAAAAUUAGAUGAGAUAAAUCAAAUAACUAAUAUUGGACUUUGAAAAGCUGUACAAUAUAGGAUAAAAAGGAGGUAAGAAAUUUAGUUUGGGCGUCCUGGAAAGAGAAUUGGUGUGACUCUUUUAUUUAAACAGGCAUGCACUAAAGAAGCUUAAAUAAUCUGGAGAAAAAUUGUUAAAAGGACUCACCAAGGUCCAUUUUAAAGCACAUAAGGAGUGUAUUGAAAAUAUUGGUUGCUCAUCUUAACUGGUUAAAGCAUAGGCUGAAAGAAAAUGCUUUAACUUUCAGUCAGAUUUAUCUUGGGGGAAGUUGCAACCCAAUAUUCAAGGUGCAGUUGGACUCUUGGCUGACAUAAAGGGCACAAAACAAGGUACGGAUUGAAUAUUUUUUCUUAUACUUUUCCCAUGUGAUGUUGGUCUGGGACCACCAUCUAGUUUUUGAAAAUGAAAGGUGUAUAUAUAUCAUUGUAGUACUGGUGGUUAAAAGAAUAUACUCAGAACUUUGUAUAAACUGUUUUCCCCCUUGCAACUAUUAUGACAUUAAAUUUGUAAAUACUUGUGGGAUAAUAUGAUAAAUUUCUUCAGUGGGCUAAAACUGAAAGGCCUGUUGAUUUACAUUUCCCAUUCCUACAAUUUCACUUCAAAGAAUCCAAAAGCUAUUUAAUUUUAUGGGCCAUUAGCAGUGACUCAGUCACAUCUGUGAGGAAUGUUUGUGUAUAAUUAGAUAAGGGAAUUAAUGAAUGUCAGAAUAAGUUUGUAUAUUUUGCUUUUGUAAACAAAUAUUUUAACAUUUAUUCAUAUUACCAAUUAUGUAAUCCUGAAAUCAAUUUUUGCACAUUGGUUUGUCUUCUGCAUUUAAACAGUACAUGACUUGGAAGGUGGUGGAAAGUUCUAUGCCUGUAAAGCAAUAAAAUAAAUUGAAGAAAAUGCAGCUUGGUGCAUCUUAAUAGCUCUACACGUCGAUGCUGGAUGGAAUCUGGGUCAAGCUCACUCUUAUCUGCAACUGAAUUCCAUAUUUUUCACUGACAAAGUUAGCAGAAGCAGAAAUCCUGGCUGAUUCUGUCUACCCUUCCUCAACUCUUCCUGAUAUCUGAAUGACUUAUAAGACUUAAUUCAACAUCUGUUUCAGCUAAGAUCACUUAACUCUAGAGAUUUCAAGUUUAAUUUUCAACUACCUGCAGGGGUGACUGAACCUCCCAUGGUCUAAGUUGAGAUCGUCUGUGCCAAGUUUACUCUACCUGGUGCACUUACUGAUUAAACCAUGACUCUGUUUUGUUUGUUCACCUUAAUUUUAUACUGUUUAAACAAUUAGUAAACAGGUGUGUAGUGUUUCUGAAAAUCCUGUUACUGAUGUGUUUGUCUAAAUUUCUUAUUUCAGCAGUAACUUGGUUUUGUAUGUGUUGUUAUGAGUUAUCAACUACAACCCAAGGAAUAGGUCUAGAUUGAAAAUACUUCCUAACCUUUUUCCACAUACUGACCAGCCCUGUGCAUUUUUUUUAAUAGAAGUUAUUUCAUUUUCACUGACCUCUGGGAAAAGGAUGCACUCUCUUAAUUGCACUUGGACCACAACUCUGAUCUGGUUCCAGUCUCGGCUACCUCAGCACAGCUUUCACAGCGAGGUUUCAGAAAAGCCAAAAAUACCCCCAUUCCAAAUCAGUAGUGAAAAUAUAAGAAUAAAAUAUUUCCCUAUCCAACAAUUGUUUUGAAAUAUAACUUUAGUUAUUUUUCAACACAUAUCACUUUUACUUAAAUGAAAUUUUUGUGCGCUAUCAUAUGUUGAAUGUACCAUUCCUGAGAUUAAGAACCCAACUCCUCAGAGGCUGCUGCACUAUGUUGCAACCCAACACAUAGCUGGUCUGCAACAGAUCUUCUAGCAUGGAUAAGGAAGACAAGCCAGUGACUGUAU